GGUAUUCAUUUCUCAUUGUAGUCUCAGGUCUUGACUCAAGUAUGCUCGCUGGAUAUAGGAGCUCUUGCUGCUAUGCUAUAGGCCAGGAGUGGGGGGGGAGGCAGCAAGCCCUUUUUGUUCUCCCGCAUACUUUUUUUUUCAUAAACCCUCCUCAUGCAAGAACUCCUUUCAUCACCUUCACACAUCAUGGACACACAUCAGGAGGUGUUGCAAACAAUAAAGAGGCUGGAGCCCUCAAAACUUAGCUACAUUGAGAUAUUGCAAGAAGAGGUUAAGAAAAGACAAGAAAAACACCAGGAAAGCCGCAAGUCAGAGGAUGAGAGUGAAAAUGGAGCUGGAGCCACUUCUGGCACCAAGCCUCGUGGACAAGCUGCUACCUUUAAUGUCCUUUAUUCUAUUCCCAAACCCCUUACCAUCUCUUCUAGUUUGGGCGGAAUUCCUAUCACAAUGGAUAUGGCAGGGGACCUUAGAAAGAUUUUGUUUGGGAGCACCUUCCACAUCUUCAACUACGAAUGGAAGAAAUCCUACUUCAAGUUUCGGGAGCCUUUCUCUGACUUGUCAUAUGCCCUGGAAGCAGAAAGGGGAGGAUCCAGUGCAAUCCAGAUGGCUGUGCAGGCGAACAUUAUCAGAUACCUACUCUUCACAGGAAACAACGGAACAGAAAACAUCUGCUUACAAGAUUUGUAUGAAGUCAGUCCGAAAAAACAAGAAGAGGCCCUGGCAGCCGCCCUGUCCGAUAUUCUGUGGUCAGCUGGCGAGUCACAUAGUGGGUUAGUCUGUCUUGUGUCUACAGACUCUUACUUUACACCAAGCACUGAGUACAAAGUGGACAACUUCACAGAGAGGGUUCAGCUGUUUAAAUUCAGUGAAAAAGAAACCAUGCAGAAAUUCAUCUAUGAACAUAUACAAUGUUUUAAAGAAGAAGGAAGCCAUGGAGUGAUUCUGUUCCUGUACAGUCUGAUUUUCUCAAGGACUAUUGACAGGCUAAGAGAAGACCUUGACUCUACUACAUCCCACCUCUUGCACUCAAGUCUGGGGAAUUUUGUUUGCCAGCAGGCUUUGUUGAACCUGAUGUUGACGGGCAGGGCCAGCCCCAAUGUCUUCAAUGGCAACAUUCAGUAUGAUGACCAAGGCAGUCCCCUGCCGCUCCCCCUGCACGGAGUCCUUAUCCGUAGUGAUGUGGGGUACUUACACUGGAACCGGGAGAUGCUGCAACAUGGCAAACUCCCAAUGGUGGGAAGCAUGUUGAAAACCCCUAAACUGCCAAUCUGGCUGUGCAACAUCAAUGGAACAUACAGCGUGCUGUUCAGUACAAACCGCUCACUCCUGUCCGACUGGAAAAUGGAACACCUGUUCGACCUGUACUUGUACAAUGGACAGCUGGCACAAAACCAUACGGUUAUUCUUACCAUAGACACUCACUCUCAUCACUGGGAAGAGGGGCAUAGUAAAGGCGAGGGGGAUCUGGAGAAACGGUUCCCUUCUGUGGAGAUGACAAUAAGGACUAAAUGGGAAGGAGCAGCCAUUGACUGGAAUGGAACGGUUCCAUUUUUCUAAAUAAAGGGACACCUUUUACACUGUGGCCUCAGCACCUUCUUCGUAGUUGAAGUUUAUGCUUAAAUUCAUCAAUACUUUGAGAGUUUACUUUGUUCUUAUGAGAAAAUCUGAGAUUUUUAAAAAUUCUUUUUUAUGAGAAAUGUACUGGUUUACACUACUUUUCUAACUGUACGCAUAUAUACUGUAAAUUGCAUAUGGUGGAAUAAAACUCUACAUACUGGUACCUCUUUA